UAGAAAGUAAUAAUAAAGAGAUAGGUAAGCAGAUAGGAGGGGGAUGAGGAGAGAGAGGUAGAGAGAGAGAGAGAGUGAGUGAGUGAGAGAAACAAGUUGAGUGUCGUUUUGGAAUAUUAAGCAGAACGGUGCAAGUUUUAAGGAGCCGAGACAGAGGCAGCAGGACGCACCGCUGUCAAUAGAGAAAGACUUUUACUGAUAAAAAAAGGGGAAAAAAUCUAUCUACAGACAGGAAAAUACAUAAAAUUCUAUAGAGAAUAAACAACAUUAACAUCGAAGAAUUUGCAGGAGAAAAAUAGAAUAAAAUAAAGAAUUAUGUCUUUUCAUUUUAGUCAACGAACAUUUUGUAACCACUUGUUGAAUAAUUUCAUCAAUAGACGGACGUUUUCUAGUUUCUCGUAUGUUAUAAAAAAUGUUCUAAACAGUCAACAUAGAUCAUGUGUGAAUAAUCUACUGCGACCAACACGGCAAGUAGUGCAGGUGUCCACCCGAAGACAUAUACACUUGCAGAAGAUCGGGGUUGUCGGAGUGCCAUUAAAUAAAGGACAGGAUAAGCAAGGUGUGGAACUUGGGCCCAAAGCUCUGAGAGAUAAUGGUCUCAUCACUUCUUUAGAAGAUUUAGGUCACAGAAUAAAUGACUAUGGGAAUAUUGAGUUUGAGAAUAUUGAAGAAGAUGAUAAACAGCCUCUUAUUAAAAAUGGACAGUUUUUGAGUCAUGCAAGUAAAAAGAUAUCCAACGCUGUAAAGAAAGUGAUCCAGGAUGGAGAAAUAUGUGUUACAUUGGGAGGUGACCACAGUCUUACGACUGGGGCUCUUCAUGGCCAUGUCCAGGUGCAACCUGAUCUUGUCAUUGUGUGGAUAGAUGCCCACGCUGACAUUAAUCCACCUGCAGCAUCAUUAACAGGUCACAUGCAUGGAAUGCCACUGUCAUUUCUGAUAAAAGAAUUACAACCAUAUAUGAGUGAAGUCGGACCCUUUGACUGGGUUGAACCAUGUAUAUCAGCACAUGAUCUUGUCUACAUUGGCCUUCGUGAUGUUGAUGCAGUAGAGAGAUGGCUUAUUGAAAAACUUGGGAUUUGUACUUUUUCAAUGCAAGAAUUAGAUGAUUUAGGAAUUGCAGCUGUUUUGAAGACGGCCCUUUCAACAGUUGAUCCUGAGGGAAAGCGGCCAAUCCAUGUUAGUUUUGACAUAGACAGCCUUGAUCCGUCAGUUGCAGGGAGCACUGGUACUCCAGCAAGAGGGGGACUCACUUAUAGAGAAAGCCAGUAUAUUGCUGAGGUUAUAGCCCAGACUGGAAGAAUAUCUGCUCUUGACAUAGUUGAAGUUAAUCCCCUCCUGGGAACACAAAUGGAACAAGAAAAAACAAUCAGUGUUGCAAAAGAUUUUGCACUCACCAUCUUUGGUAAACAACGAUGUGGAACCCUGCCACCCCGUUUCACUUUUUCAGGACGUCCCUCAUAGUAAAAUGUAGUUUAAUCAACUGUUGGGUUUCUUUUUCUAUUUUUCAAACUUAUUUUAUUUUAUUUUUUUUACUUUAAAUGAAAAUAUUUAUAAAAUAUACACUUUAACGUACUAGAGCAACUUGUGCAUACUUUCUUCUUUUUUUAAAUUAUUCAAUAAGAUUUAAAACUAUUUUUGAUUUUUAUUAAUUUUUUCUCCUGUUUCUAAAAUAUUUUCUAUUAAAAAAAACGAUAUUUGCUGUGUAUUUAAUUUUGUAUUCUUGAUAUACACGAUUCCUAUUUACACUUAAGCAUAAUUCUAAAGAAUAAUACCAAAAUACAAUUUGAAUUUUACAUUUAGAUAUCAGCAGCUGUUCUCAGACUAGUUGCUGUGAAAGAAAUAUUUGGACUUCAGCAUAAAUGAAUUUAACAUUUUGUCAAUAAGCACUAAGAACUUUUAAUAAUGACAAACUGGCAAUUACUGAAAUUUUCACCUGAAAAAACUAAUGCCCAUAUAUUUUAAAUUUUAGUGUCUACAGAUUUGAAGAAUUAUAAAUAUAUUACAUUAUAUAAAGAUACCAAUUUAUUAAACUGAUGCAGAAGCCUCUGUGAGGUUGCUUAACCUGCUAAAUAUAGAAGACAAAUCUCCCUCGAAUCCCUCCCUUCCAGCUUGAAGAAAAGAUAUAUUGAAUAAUUUAGACCUAGGUAAAAUAUGUCUGAAAAAAAAAGGGGUGGUCACAGCUGGACUAUUUUUGAUCAUAGGUCUGACCAAUCGAGACUUACCUGGGGCUAAACAACAACAACCAGCUUUUUGUAGCUGAUAAGAACUGCUGAGCAGUCAUUCUGAAUUCAAUAGCAUUUCAACUUUGCUUGUUUCUGUUAUGUCAGUUGGACUGGAAUACUGUCAAAACCAUUCUGUUGAAUUAAUUAAUGGUGUAUAGUUUCAAAACUAAAACCAAAUCUUAUGGCCUAAUUGAAUUUAGCAGUCUAUUCCUUUUUCACAAAUGAAAGUGUUUUUUCUACUAAUUUAACAGGUUUUUUUUAAAUAAAUAAAACAUUUUAACACAUUUUGUUUUAAUGACACCUUGUCUUCUCUGUCGCAAAAUGUUUACAUAUAUCUUAAAAUUUCACUGAAAUCUUGUCUACUUUAAAUAUUCCUCCUCCACUUUUUUUAAAUUCAAUUGGCCUUAUGUAAUGACUUUACUCGAGUAUUUUCAUAAUAGUAUGUAAAAUAUUACCACAAAUAAUUGUCUUCUGGCGCUACCUGACAUCUUUCACUGUUGGAAUGUAAAUAAUAACACUGACAUUUUUAAUAAGGUGUUCAAAAACCUAACUGGUGUCAACAAUUAUGAAAAUAAAACAUCUUAUUUCCAUUCUAAUAGAAAAA